AAAAUAUGGGUAUUACAGAAGCCCACAAGUGAAAAUGAGGAAGGAAAGCCAGUAUAAGAAAGCAGAACCUUUACUGCACAAGCUAUUCGUGGGUUGAGCUAAUGACUGUCACAAUACAUACAGCCGAGUAUCUUCCCAGACAAAGCUGAUGUACGAGACAGCCAAUGCCACUGUGAUGCAGGGCUUCAACAAGUCUGAGCGGUGCCCCAGAGACACGCGGAUGACACAGUUGGUUUUCCCAGCCCUCUACACUGUGGUCUUCUUGAUUGGCCUCCUGCUGAACACCUUGGCCCUCUGGGUGUUCAUUCACAUCCCCAGCAGUUCUACUUUCACAGUCUACCUCAAAAACACUCUGGUGGCAGACUUGAUAAUGACACUAAUGCUUCCUUUCAAAAUCCUUUCCGAUUCACAUCUUGGACCCUGGCAACUUAGAAGAUUUGUGUGUAUCUUCUCUUCCGUGAUCUUUUACGAGACCAUGUAUGUAGGCAUCAUAAUGCUGGGCCUCAUCGCCUUUGACAGAUUCCUCAAGAUCAUCAGACCCUUUAGGAAUUUUUUUGCAAAAAAACCUGCUUUUGCAAAAUUAGUCUCAAUUUCCAUCUGGUUCCUGAUGUUCCUCAUCUCCUUGCCGAACAUGAUCUUGAACAACAAGGAGGCAACACCAUCAUCUGUGAAGAAGUGUGCAUCCUUGAAGAGUUCUCUGGGGCUGGUGUGGCAUCAAGUAGUCACUCAUGCAUGCCAGUUCAUUUUCUGGACUGUGUUUAUUCUGAUGCUUCUGUUUUAUGUGGUGAUCACCAAAAAAGUAUACAACUCCUAUAAAAAGUUUACAAGUAAGGAGAACAAACACAAAAGGGUGGAGGUGAAAGUAUUUAUAGUCAUAGCCGUGUUCUUUGUCUGCUUUGCCCCACUCCAUUUUGUCAGAAUUCCAUACACAUACAGUCAAACCAAUAAGACUAACUGUAGAUUAGAAAACCAACUAUUCAUUGCUAAAGAAAUAGCUCUCUUUUUGGCUACAACUAACAUUUGUAUGGACCCAUUAAUAUACAUACUGUUAUGUAAGAAAUUCACAGAGAGGAUCCCAUGUUUGAAAGGGAGAAGGAUAGCAGCAUCAAGCCAAGAACACCACAGCAGUAACACAGACAAUAUCAUCCUAGCCUGACAACAUUUCCCACACAGUAAUUCUACUCAUAGUGUUGCUUCUACUUAAGGAUGGGACUUAAAAAGAUCAUUUACUUGGAGACUCCAUGUAAGCUUUACAGAAAAAUGGGGAACAAAUUUUCCUAUAUUUUAUUGUCCUAGAAUAUGAAGCUUUCAUAGCCUUCAAAAUGAUGAUACUUGUGGACAGAAACCAAUUACCUGCCUAGGGAAGCCUAAGGCAGUAGCUGAAAGAGAUGCAGUCUGAGGAACUAUAGUGGGUCAAAAUGAUCCCAGGAAUUCCCAGAUUUUUUUUCUUACAAGUGCAGCAGGCCUCUGCUGCAUCUCAGCAGUCCACCAGAAGAGGCACACAGCCAUGCACAAUCUGGGAGGGGGAAGGUGGUGUCAUUCAGCAAAACCUUCCAGAGAAACAGUCUGCACCCCAGAUGGAAAAUAAUUACUUUUCCCGCUGUUUGUCUAUAUGCAUUAGGGCCCUGUUGUACAUUUUGGUAUACUAGUUUGCUGUGAUUCUGGACCACAUUUCCCAAAAACAGGGUUCUUAAAAAGACAGGUAUGUCACACAUUUUUGGUAUCUUUUGAUCCCCUCUAUGCACACACAAACACACACACAAACACACACACACUCACACACAGACUGUAGACACCUACACAGGAUGUACCAACCUUAGUGUAUAUAAGCAAUGGGAUGGUUGGCCUAUGGUUAGUGAUAUCCACAUGGGAAGAUUUUUCAAAGCCUGACUCAUUCUAUUUAGGCCAUUAUGUUUUUCUUGAUCUCUUUGUGGGUUUAAAUAAAAGUAAAAUAUGUUUUUCUGCAAUUGUACACGCUGCUGUUGAACUUUUCUAGAAAACAUGAGGACU